AAACGUGGCGUGAGCCUUACACCAACGAGGGGUUAGGGGCGGGGCCUGUGGGGGUGCAGGAAAUGGCGGCGACUGCGGAGCCUACACCCGAAGUCCGGCCCGAUUGAUUGGGAACCAAUGCACACCUCUUGGGGGGGCCUCCCUUUCCCAGCUGCCUGCCCGCCGUCAUCAUGCCGUCCCUUGUUGCUCCUGCUGCCCCUGCGCCUAUGCCGGCUGUGGCCCUGCAGCCCUCCCGCCCGGCUUCUCACAGCCGCCACAGGGCAGCGGUCUUCUCCAUCUAACUACUAUGAACUGUUGGGGGUGCAUCCUGAUGCCAGUGCUGAAGAAGUUAAGCGUGCUUUCUUUACCAAGUCCAAAGAGCUGCACCCUGACCGAGACCCUGGAAACCCAGCCCUGCAUAGCCGCUUCGUGGAACUGAAUGAGGCAUACCGAGUGCUCAGCCGUGAGGAGAGUCGUCGCAAAUAUGACCACCAGCUGCAUUCAGCUAGUCCCCCCAAAUCUUCAGGAACCAGAGCCCAGCCUAAGUAUACCCAAGAGACACACAGCAGCUCCUGGGAACCCCCCAAUGCGAAAUACUGGGCCCAGUUUCACAAUGUGAGGCCACAGGGGCCUGAGUCAAGGCAGCAGCAACGUAAACACAACCAGCGGGUCCUGGGGUACUGCCUCCUGCUCAUGGUGGCAGGCAUGAGCCUGCACUACGUCGCCUUCAGGAAGCUGGAGCAGGUGCACCGGAGCUUCAUGGAUGAAAAGGAUCGGAUCAUCACAGCCAUCUACAAUGAUACGAGGGCGCGAGCCAGGGCCAACAGAACCAGGAUUCAGCAGGAGCGCCAGCAGAGGCAGCAGUCUCUGAAAGGGCCCUCCCUGCCUCCAGAAGGCCCUGGGAUCGUGCCCCAGGAUAGCAGCCCUUGAGGGACUCACUUAGGUGGACCUGCAUUGGUCCUCUCCUAGCUGCCUGUCCAGGGCUACAAAUUUCCCACAGCACGUGCAAUAAACUCAUUUUCAGA